AUGGUUGUUUCGCCCAGUUCAAUGCAGUCUCAUAUGCAGCAGUAUCAGCAACAGAUGGGCGGGAAUCAUGAACAUGCCAGCCAGGGUCCUCAGCAGCAGCAGCAGUCCAUCCAGCAACAACUGAUGAAUCGGCAGCAGAUGCAGCAGUAUAUUGCCAUGUCCAAUAUGCAGGGUGUAGACAAGACGGAUGGAGCUCAGCCACACGUGAGCGGCGACUCCUCUCAUCCACAGAUCAACCCACAUAGUAUGGUUUCAACGCCAGUCUCGGGCAGAGGAGCAGGGGGAUUCCAGGCAACAGUGCCUUUGCAGAUUGCGGCUGCCGAACAGAACCGGUACGCUCAAUGGCAGCAUCAGCAGCAACAGCAACAGCAACAGCAACAGCAACAGCAACAGCAACAGCAACAGCAACAGCAACAGCAACGGCAACAGCAACGGCAACAGCAACGGCAGCAUGUCAGUCCGGGAGGUCCGGGCUUUUCUGGAGUAAAUUCAUUUGUGAUCAUGCAGCAGAGACACAACGAUGGCACGACUGAUGCUAACGUCAAUGGAUUCAACAUCCAGAACAGUCCAGCCGCCAUUUCGCCCCAGCAGGCCUCCCAGACAAUGUCGCCAGUAAUGAAAAUGGCAAUGGCACCUCCAUUUCCACUAAUACCAAAUUCAACAGUUCACGCUGCAAAUACAAUGCCACCCACAACUGCCGCUAACUCAGGCGUCACGCCGACCACCCCCUCUAACCCCGCCAUGCUAGCGAUGGCUACUGCUGCUGCGGCUCCGGCAGAUACUACUGGCAGCGGCGUGAAGAAGGCCCAAAUAAGAACUAGGGCCAGGCGAGUCCCUAGAAAACCAGCUGCUGCCAAAACCGCUGCUACUGCAAAGCUGGCAUCCGACAGUCAGCCCCCGCCUUCUCCAGCCAACCAGGGCACGGUGGCCAACAGCGGUAGCGGCAACAACAACAACAAACCCACAAGCAGCCCAGCGCUGGCCAUGAAAACUGCUGCAGCCAUGCCAAACUCACGUGGCGAUGUCGUCGCCAUCUUUGCUAACGCCACCGCGCUUGUGAAUAACUCUGGCCACGGACUGACGCAGGCAGCCGUCAACAUCAGCGUGACCGAGGCCGAAGCAAGGGCUAGUGGUGUGGCUGGCAGCUUUGUCGAGAAUGCAUUUUCUAAAAUGCUGUCUCAGCGGGGCAACCAGGCGACGUUGCAAGGAGGGGCCGUUGGUACUCCGAAAAACAACGCUGACAUGCCAUCGGCAAUGGGGCCUAUUGACGUCGACGGACUGAACUUGAACAUCAACCAAUGGCUGAGAGGUGGACAGUCGUCUGAUGCGCUGGACAAUCUCCUGUCCAUAGGCAUGCCCAUGAAUGGCGUUCCUUCUGUUGCAGGUUCGGCGGGCACUGCGGGCGGCGAUCAUGGCGGCCAGGCAGCCAGUAGCCAGAUUGUGUCUCCAUACGAUAUCAGCGACACAGCGCUCGCUAACCUUAUUACCAGCUCUGGUGGAAUUGUAAGCGGAAACGGCGGUGGAAACCAGGGGCUGCCAGGCGCCCUUUCUACAGCAAUGCCAAUUCCGGUGAAUAUGGCCGUGCCCAGCACUUUGGCCGUUGCUUCUGCCUUGACUGCUGCAGGCAACGUUAGCAGGACAGCUGUCGAUUCUGACGAUGUCUCUGCUGGCAGCAAUGGCGGGGUCAAUGUGGGGAACGGGUUUGCUCAAGGCUCUCUAUUGAACAACAAUGUGUAA